UAGACAUGCGUUCAAGAUGGUGUUUUCCUUUUAAAAUACCGUCACACGUUGUUGUUAUUAUUGCUGUGGUUAUUCGGUCUUCCGUACACACGGGGGCGCUGCGCUCAGUUCUAACGUGUGAUUUGAGUCUGAACAAGUUGAUGUGAAGUUGCAGUGUGCACGCAGUUCCUUAGUGUUUAACCCGGAUUUCUUUCAUUUAAAUUAACAAAUAAGAGCUGUAGAACUUUCCAGAGGCCUCUUGCACGUGAUGACAAAGCGGAGAGCCGAGAGCUCGUCACUUCACGAGGUUCCUCGGAAUAAGAUGAAAUGUCGUUCUGUGUGUGAUGCAGAGCCCGAGCCGGAGGCAGUGCACGCGCCGGAGGUAGAGCACGCGCCGGAGGUAGAGCACGCGCUGCACGCCGCCUCUCCGCCUGCACUCUUCACCACUGUAAUCGGGGAGCGGUGCAGAAAGAGACCGAGAUGCUGUGAGGAUCAUGAGCAGCGCGACAGGACAGGGACACCGGAGGACAGCCUGAGUAACGCUACAGACAGCGUGAAUAAGGAGACCGGGGAUGUGUGCGUUUCUGUAAACUUCCGAGGCGCGAGCGGUUCGCGCACGUGCGAGAUGGCGUCCAAAAAACGAGCAAGCGGGUCAAAACCGGAAGAGCGCGCAAAGGUGGCGACCUUACACAAUGUUUUGGUCACGCGUCCUGACGAGGACGAGCUUUGUUCGUUUAACUCCUUCCAGUUCUGGAGAACUCCCCUGCCUGCGUUAGAUCUGUCGCUCCUGGAUAGUCCGUCCACAUCCGAGCUCAGUGAGGACAGUUCUCUCAAAGACACCACGGAAGAAAUGGAGACAUGAUGCAGCAAUAUGUCUCUCCACGAUAUGUUAUAAACUCUGGUGUAAUGUCACCUUGCAAAAAAAAAAAAACUAGCGGGAAUACCGUGUACUAUUUUUUUUUUUUUUCUCUCCUUCAUGCAUAAUGCAUAUUUCUAAGCUGUUUCUAAGACUAUAAAAUGCGUAAUUUAAUGUCAUUGUUAAAGCAAAAACCUGGUUACUUAAUGUUUCUUCAUGGGUCAGUGUUUCAAUAUUUCUGUUUUGCUCAGAAUGCAUUUAGGUGAAUGUUUAUUCUGUCAUUAAGUUUCCAAGUUUAUGAGCAGAAGAUUGUGAAUUCAGAUCCCAGGACUGCCAUAAAAACCAUGGUUGGAUUUUCAUACAGUAAGCUUCAAGAACAAAACGUUUGAUGAAACCUUUCAUUAAUUAACCAGUUAUGAGGGUCAGUGUCAUGGUGGAUCCGGAUCCUGUGAUGGAUACACUGGGCAUGAGUCAGGACUUCAUCUUGGAUGGGACACUGGUCCUUUUCAGAUCACGUAUCAUGGGGCAGUUCAUCUCAGCUAAUCGAUCUACCGGCAUGUUUUUUUGGGAGGCGUGAGGAAACUGGAGAACUUGGAGUAAACCCACAGAGACAUGCAGAAUUCCACACAGACGGUAACCCGAAGGUCAGGACUUGUUGUGAGGUGCCACCCUUGCUGAAGCCAAAUGUACACGUUUCUAUUAUUUGUUAACCUUCGUUAACCUUCGUAACCUACGUUAACCUUGUAACUCAAAUAAUGUUUGCUUUACAGGAAUAGAUUUGUUUUUCUUCCAAGGACAGUUGUCAGUGUCAGAAAUGAUUUAUUCUCAGAAAGUAAACACUGCUACAAUGCUUAUUUUUAGCGGAAUUGUCUCAUACAGAGUGACGAGGGUAAACCCAGUAUAAAGGAAACCAGCAUGUCUUGGGUAAUCGACUACAUUUUGGGUUUUGGAGAGGAUUUUUCGCCGCACUGUUGCUUCAGCCCUCAGCUGCUCAGCUCUGUUCUUAGAUCGGAUUCUGCCUCAUUUCCAGGUUGCUUUCGAAGCACCUGCAGAAUGAAUACUUGUAAAUGCGAGGUCUGUGAAAUCUGACAAAUAAGAUUUUGUUUCCUCCCUUGUUUCUUUCAGUAAACCUGCUAUCUGAUUUUCUUUAUCAUCGUGACAUGUAACAAUUCAGAUUGUACGUCUUGUUGUAUUAAAUGUCUGGGGGGUUUUUGUUGUUGUUUUUUUUUUUUUUAAUUUUAUUUUUUAAAACUUUUCUAUCGUAAAGACUGUCCGUGUUGAGCUUGUGAUUUGUUCUCUUGCUCUUAAGAGAAGGUAUCUUUAAAAAAAUAAAUAAAUAUUAAACCAUACCAUUUAGUCUGUCAACUGCAGCUGCAAUAAAAUGUGAACUUUAUUCUUAUG